CUUUGUGGUCGAAUAAUGGAUUCUGGAACAUCCCAUUCUGCUGCAAUCCUUGAAGCAUUAGAUGCAUAGCUGAUAGAUGAGAGUAUGAUGUUUGAUCUAAUAGAUUCCAGAGUUUGGUGAAGAAGUGAGUUUGCAGAGAUGGAUUUCUUUUGAAAAACCCUUCUGUUUCUCUCGUUCCAUGUGUGCUGCAAAGUAGGGAGUCUUUGUUGGAUUGCCACCCACAGUAUGAAAGAGUGUUUGGGGAUAGAGGGUUUGGUUCACACUAGGUGAGUCCAAGGUAGGGUUGGGUGAUGCUUGUUGAAAUGUUUCAUGGUGUGUGGAAUAGAAAAUUGACCAUUGGGUGAGGGUAUCCAAAUGUGUUUGUCACUGCAGCUGGUUUGUGGGUUUGGAAGGUUGGUUAUAUGCUGUAGUUGUGGAAUGAUGGAUGGUAUGGAAGGGGGAAAGGACCAUGAGUUAUUGGUAAUGAAGGAUCCUACCUUUGUGUUGCUGUGAUAGCCUGAAAGUGAGAUCAGUUGUGGAGAUGUCAAUUGGUGCAGAGGACCAAGAUGGCACCAAUUGUCAAGCCAAAAAUUAGAGCUUGAACCAUCUCCAAUUUUUACCCUGACAAGUGGUUUAAUUGUAUCUCUGAGGCUGAGCAAUUUCCUCCAGUUCCAUGAGCAUUGGCCUGGGACCUUGACCUCCCAAAUACUUAGAUAGGUGUUGAUCCAUUUUACCCACAACAUGUCCUUAUUUAGAAAAUGCAUGUAUUAUCGCGUAACGAAAAUAAAAAUGGACUUGAACCUAGGAAGAUGAAGUCUGUUUGGCUGAAAACAGGGGUUUUUUAGUUGCAACGCAUUACACCUCGAGGCCUUUAUACCCUCAUUUGCAACCAGCCACCAACAGUUUCAUCUUGUACCAAACAAAUUCAGACCUGCCCUCUAAUCAGUGAUCAAUUUGUCUUUUAAUCUUAAUUGUCAAGGUUAUUUUUUUUCUCUCAUUAUAUUGUUUACUUGAUCAGAUUCGAGGCCAGGGAACUUGCAGGUACCACUCCCAAAAUCUGCAAGACACCUGAGAAGGUGCCGCCUUCUGGGUGGAAGAAGUGGGUGCUUGUCCAGCAUCCCAACAUUGUGGUUGAUGAUGACGACUUGGGAGCUAAAGACAACGGAGAAGCAGAGUUGGCUGAGCAGAUGGAAGCUGGAAACAGUGGAGAAGCUGCAGAGGUAGUGCCUUCCAAUCCCACUAGUCCUGAGAACACCAGGACAUUCAUGAGGGUUGGCUUAGGUUCACUCAUAUACAAUCCUAGAGUGAACCAACCUAUUGUACUUGGUGUCAGAAACUUCUCCAAAAAGAAGAAAAAUUCUGGGCAGGGUUCAAAAACGCCUACUAUUCCCAAAAAUCCCUUCCCCGAUAAACCUCUCUUCAAGUGUGAGCAGUGCUGGUUGUAUCCCCGACCGGAAAAAGGAACGGAGGAGGACAUUGAGAACGAAAAAAGAACGGAUGAGGACUUUGAGAAGGAAAAAGGACCGGAUGAGGACAUUUAUGAGGAAACAAGGGAAAUCUUUUCCCAUGCAUGGCAGGUGGCGAACCAUUGCAAAAACAAGCACAAAAGUAAGAAGACGUGCAAUAAAUGCGGUAAUGGCUUCGAGACACAGGCUCAUCUGAGAGACCAUAUGAAAGUCUGUCCUCAUAAAAUCUGGGAAGAUUGCAACAACGCUAUGUGAGGUUUAAAGAACAAGAUUUACCUACUUUACUGCCAGUGAACCUUUUUUUAUUACUGAGUCAUAUCAAAAGAAUUUUAUAGUUAUAUGGAUGAAUUACUUGGAGUGAGUAUUUUGAAGUGAGUAUUUUAAAGUUAUUUUGUAUUUAUUGAUGGCUUAAGUAGUGCAAUUCUUUUAUAUGGAUGAAUUAAUU